GUUUUUGUUUCCGGGUCUGGAGGGUUUUCCCAGUAGUUACCACAGUUAGCGUGUGUGUGAGCUGAUAAACGGAUUCUUCGUAGAAAAAGACAUCAGCGUUUAGUUUACUUUUCCUCCUCUGACUGGAGGACUGUUGGAAAAUGUUCGGGUUUCGGGAUCUCGAAGAUUUAUUCAGACGGCGGCUGCUCGCUACGGUAAACGGAGCAACGACACCUGGAUACGAAGAGGAGCUCCACCGCCAAAGAAAACUACUGAAAGUGAUUUUAACACCUGAAAUAAAGCUGCACAGGACAGGUACGCUUCUGGAAACGCGGUCCUGCCAAUGUCUGAGGGAGCCGAGGUCAUUACUAAAUGUUUAUCAAUUCAGACAUACAGACAUGUUGUUUACAUGCACAUUAUGUCAUGCUGUUAUGUCAAGAUAAGGUCAAUGGACCCUUUUACAGCCUAAAUGUUAUCAAAUGUAUGUUCAUUUUGGUAACAGAGGAGGCAAACAUUCGUACUCAAAGCUGAUCACUUGUGUUCAGAUGUUAACAGGUGUAAUCAGCCUAUUUCUAAUGGGAGAGCAGGUAGAAUCUGCUGUAGGGGAGAGUGGGGUGAGAUGAGCCAUUUUUCAUAUUUCAGAUCACUACAUCAAGGCAAUCAUAGUUUUGUCUCUAACUAGUGUAUCUGCAUAUAUUUCAAGAUGUUGUGCAUCACUGCAAAUCAACAGAAUGAGUGUAAAUAUAACUGUCUUGAUAAUACAGCAUGCCAAAAAAGUGGUCUCCUAUGGUCAAUUUUCUUUUUAUUAUUGUUAUUGCAUAUAACUGCUAAAAAGCUGUUUUUAAAAAAAUGAGAAUGACAUGAGAACCUCUUUAAGUGAUUCAGAUCAUUCACAGCUGUAUUUUAGAAAAGAAAAAGUAAAACAUUUCAACAAUUUGAACUAAAACUCUGAUCCUCUAAUCAGACUCCUUUACUUUCUCAGUUGAGCCACUGACUCAACUUAACCCUGAACUACUAUUAUGACUUUAUUAGUCCCCUAAGAUAAAAUGGUGGUCUUUUAUACUAUGUUUUUGACCUCAUGUUGUAGCUCAUAGAUACCACAAUUGAUGUAUAAAACUAAUUUAAAAUAAUCUUUUUUGGUCUGAACACAAUUCUUAUAAAACUUAUGACAGACUAAAUUCACUUUACAGAGUGAAAAAAUGUUUUUUGUAAAUAAAUGUCUAACCCCUUCACCUAUGUGCUUCUAACCUUCACAGACUCCAUGAAUUGAUGCCCAUCUCCUAAAUAUUUGGUCACAUGAUCAAUUUCUUUGACCAUUUCCAAGCAACAGGGGUUGGCUCAACUUACCCCACACUCCCCUAUAUCUAUCUACUACACAAAAUUGUUUCUUCACUCAUGACAGGCAAGCAGCUCUGAGCUCUUGUUCCGAAUACAACCACACUUAGGAUCGUUCCGGCACCAAACUUCAAGAAGAGCCCAAUCUCUUUUUAAAACUUCUUUCCUUACCCUUCUCUGACCCUCCUUAGUAAGGGCAGUGAGUAUCAGGUGCACAAGGCAGAGGCCUGAUUAAGCAGAAUUGUGUGUGUAUAUGCAAGUAAAAAUCUAAUCCCUAACUACAUUAUAAAGGUAUGAUUGUCUGACUUGGAGAAAUUCUUACUCUGUGCAAUUUCAAUCAGGCUAACAGGCCUAAAUGUGUUUAAAAAUCUAUUAAAGUGUAUUUUCUUCAAUGUCAAAACUCUGAAUAUUUUUUUUUUACUCUUAAAGAUUUUCAAAUUUUCUCAAAUGUUCGUGAAGAUUUUCUAUAGGUUCACUUAAAUGUUUGUGUAUUGUAUCUUGCAGAUGUUCAGCAGCUGUUGGUGACUAGAGAGGAGCCUCUUCUGGAGCUGCAGGAGGGGACACUUGGUCUGGACCUCACUGAGCCCCCACACAUUAAAGAGGAGCAGGAGCAGGAGGAACUGUGGGGCAGUCAGGGGGGAGAGCAACUUCAAGGAUUGGAUGAGGCUGAUACCACCAAGUUAUCUUUCACCAUUGUCUCUGUGAAGAUUGAAGAUGAUGAAGAGAAACCUUUAACUUCGGAGCUUAAUCAAGUGCAAAUUGAACAGAAAGAAAUUGGAGCUGAUGGAGAGGGUGGUGACGGACCAGAACUGGCAAGGGGUUCAGAUCCAGGAAGAACUUUACAGCCUGAGAUUGAGGUCAAGACUGAGGACUCUUCUGAAGACUCUUCUGAAACUGAGACUGAAGACAGUAAUGAUGAUUGGUGGGAAACUAGAGAACAAGGGCCAGGUUUAAAGUCUGUGUCCAAACACAUGACAAUUCACACAAGCGAGAAAUCCUUCAGUUGCCCUGUAUGCAGUUAUCAGUGUAAACAUAAAUAUUACCUGCCCAGACACAUGCUAACACACACAGGAGAGAAACCCUUCAGCUGCUCAGAAUGUGGUACAAGCUUUAACCGAAAAGGAAGUCUAACCAGACACAUGGUAGUUCACACAGGAAAGAAGCGUUUCAAAUGCUCCACAUCUAAUAAAAGAUUUUCAGAGAAAGAAAGACUUACCACACAGAUGGGAGAUAGCAGCAGUAUAAAACCUUAUAGUUGCUUAGUUUGCAGAAAAAGCUUUAACCAAGAGUCUGAUUUAAUCCAUCACAUGGUACAGCAUGAAGAAAAGAAAUCCUUCAACUGUUCCCAGUGUGGUAAAAUAUUUAACAAUAAAGGGAAUCUAAGCUCACAUGUAAGAUUUCAUACGGGAGAAAAACCCUUUAGCUGCUCUGUUUGCAGUAAAAGAUUUUCUCGUAAAAGUAAUCUUAACGCACACAUGAGAAUACACACAGGAGAAAAACGCUUUAGCUGUUCUGUGUGUGGUAAAAGCUUUGACCGAAAACGAAGUCUAAAUAGGCAUACGUUAGUGCACACAGGAGAGAAACCUUUCAGUUGUUCUAAAUGUGGUAAAGGUUUUAAACAUAAAGAUAAUCUGACCACACACAUAAAAAAUCACACAGAUGAGAAACCGUUUAGUUGCUUAGUUUGUGGGAAAACAUUUAACCGUGAAUCUAGUUUGAUAUAUCACAAAGUACAACAUGGAGAAGAGAAACCAUUUAGCUGCUUUGAGUGUGGUAAAAGAUUUAACCACAAGUCGAGUUUGAACUCACACAUGUCUUUUCACAAGGAUGAAAAACCCUACAGCUGUUCUUCUUGUGAUAAAAAGUUUAGUUAUAAACGGCAUUUGACAGCACACAUGUUAGUUCAUACAGGAGAGAAACCCUUCAGCUGCUCUGUGUGCAGUAAAAGAUUUAAUCAAAAAGGAAAUCUGACAACCCAUAUGUUGUCUCACACAGGAGAGAAACCCUUCAGCUGCUCUGAGUGUGGUAAAAAUUUUAAGCAAAAGAAGAAUCUGACUGCACAUAUGAAAAUUCACACUGGAGAGAAAGCAUUCUCCUGCACGAAGUGUGGUAAGAGAUUCAACCAAAAGUGUAACCUUAACAGGCACUUGGUGAUACAUAAAGAGAAGGAAACCAUUAACUGCUCUGUGUCUGGCAAAACAUUCAGUAAAAAAAACAGUCUGUUAAAUUUCAGAGACCAUCACAGUGAAGAAAAGAAACACCUAAGCUGCAGUGUCGGUGACCAGAAAUUCUCUUUGUUAAAUCAAUUGAAAGGACACAAGUGUGUUAGGAGUCAGAAUUCAGAAUUUCAUGAAAACCACGCUACGGCAAGAAGAGACACAGAAACAGAAGACAAUACAGAGGACUGUGAAGCACCAGUACCGGCCAAGAAUUUAGAUCCAGACCAUGAUUUACAACCAGAGACAGAAGUCAAAAUUGAAGACUUUUCUGAUAGUGGUAAUUAUUUAAAAGACUAGAAAACUUGAAUCAGGUUUAUAUAAAAGAUAUAUAAAAUUAUUGUGUGUGACGGAUAAUAUUAUACAGGUGUGAAACCACUUUACUACCCUGAGUAGUAGUGCAUGAUAGGUUAAGGUUACCUUUUAAAGAGACACAAAAACUGUUAAAACCUUCAGGAGGAAAUCAUAAUAAUAAGAAAAUAUGUCCUGAAAUUUGUUUUGAUGUCGUAUGUUGCCCACAGGAUGCUUACUUAAAGUGUUUACAGUUUGCAAAGGAAUAAAGUUCAACCUAAUCUGACUGUGGUAGAUCUGCAACAGGAUCUGUUGGACCAUUAUUAUUUUUUCAACCUGAGAGAUUUUAGACUCUCAACACAAAUUAGUGAUUUCCUGUUUUUAGCACACUCUGUGAGUCUGUGAAUGUCAGCUAGAGGCUCUGCUUCCUGAAGUAUUAGCAGGAAACAUGUUUCCAGAUGCAUAAAAGGAAAUUUAAGAGAAGAUAUCUGCUGUCAGAACAUGCUUGUUUUUCAUUUAAUGGGCUAGGCUGGUCAUGAUUCCCUGUGGUUGGUUCAUUUACCAUUUUCAAGUGCAUUAUACAACCCCAAUUCCAAAAAGUGAAAUGAGCAUUUGAGUUAAGCAUUAAAGA